AUGUCGUUCGCGUCCAGCAGCAAUCCAUCGUCCGUCAGCAGCAGUCCAUUGUCCCUCAACCCGGUGCGGAAGGCGGACCUCGUGUUAGCGAAGCACAAGGUGUUCCGCGGCGGCAGCGAAACGGAUCAUCGAAUCCCGCCUUUCCCCUUCGUGGGCAGGGGCGCAUCGCUAGGCAGAUCCGGGACGACAACCGUAUAUAGAGUCGCGCCCCCUGACGGGUAUGACUACCGCCGCCCGCUUGCCCUCAAGGUCAUUUCUUGCCAGGGGGAGAAGCAGCUCCUAGGCUCGGACAGCGAAGCCCGUAGCAGGGCACUCAAGGAGGUGAAGACGAUGUCGCGACUUAGACAUCCACAUAUAGUUGCCUAUGUCGCAUCAUUCGAGUCAUUCUGCUUUAAUACACGGCUGAUUAGGUAUUGCCUGCAGAAGAGGACUGGAAUCGGUGCGCCAUCCGAGCAGCGUGUGAAAGAUCACGUACUAGCCAUCGCGAUGUACCCGCCCGCUGGUGGUAACCUGAACACCUUCAUGAGCGAUGUGUUCCUCGAUCCCAGCCGAGCCAAGUGGAUCAUACCACGGCUGCACUCGUUCUUCGGCUGCCUCACACAGGCCGUGACGCACCUCCACAAGCAGGGCGUGCAGAUCUGGCACAAGGACAUCAAGCCGGAGAACAUCGUGGUGGACGACUUUGGCCAGCCCAUGCUCACGGAUUCCGGCCUGUCAAAGCACUUUGAGACGGGCGAUUACUCCGAGGGCCCGACGCCCAAGACGCUCAAGUACGCCGACCCCGAGUCCCUCGCGGAACAGAGGCGCGACGAGCGCUCCGACAUCUUCUCGCUGGGUUGUGUGUACCUGGAGAUCGUCACCGUCCUGCUGGGCCAGCCAGCCAAAAAUACUAGCAAUAGACGGAGCGAAGACCGCCCGUUCAAGUACGCCGACGCGCUGCCCAACCUCCCGACCUAUCUCGCCACGCUCACCAGUCUGGGCCACGAGCUCGCCGCCUCCGACCCCUCGCGCGAACGCUCGGUCCACGCUCUUCUGCCCGUCCUCCCGCGCAUCCAGGAGAUGAUGAGCGCCACCCAGCACCUGCGGCCCGAAGCGCACCAGCUCUACCCCUGGUUCUACCACCUGUACUCGGUUUACGACCAGAUCGUCGGGGGCGGAGUGUGUGCCAACUGUGAGGCGGAACGGCGCACGGGCAACGUAAUCAUCAUCCCCGGUCCGAGCUCGAGCCAGAGUUCAAGCUCAAGCCAGAACCGGAACCAGAGUGGCAUGCUCAGCCGCACCUCGACGGUCGGUAGCGGUGUUGGUGGUGCGCCGUCGUCGUCGUCGUCACAGGGACAUGGACACAGACGCCGCCGUACCCCUUCUCACAAUCUGCGCCUGCGCCUGGGACCCCUGCAGGACGAGGACGACGAGGGGGGUAAUCCGGCAUCGUCACAAUGGAUUCCCCCUUCGUCACAGUGGAUUCCCACUUCAUCGCCCGUUGACGUGGGCGAGUGUUCUGGUUGA